AUGCCCAGGGCAAUUGUGGGAGUUCAAGCCGCCCUCUGGUGCUUGGCAGCAGCACACAGCUCCGCUGAAGGAAAUAUUCGCGGAACCUCCCAUAUCAAGUUCCUGGAUGUUGAGUAUUUCAAUCGGAAUGACGUGGACAAUCUGGUCGCACAGCAGAUGGCCCACGAUCUGCAAAAUGCUUCACGUUUGCUGCAUCUUCGCUCCGACUUGGAGCCCAUUUUCCGGACUUUGGCAAAGACUCCGAACGGAGGCUUGAGCCACCAAGCCACCAGAUACGCGCUCUUCCGUUUCUUCCUCAACGAGCGCAGCUGGUUGGUGAAAGGUCUGGAACCAGAAGGCACUUGGAAGACACAGCCCGAGCGGCUUCGUAAAGCCUGGGAGAGCUGGGUACCUUCUUAUCUGCAGCAGCGUUUCGAGCAGGCGAAGCAGAGCGAAGGUGCCUCUUUGGAAGACUUGGUGGAGAUUGCGGCUGUUAUCGAAGAUCUCGUGUUCCAGGAGUCGCAGAAUCAAAUGGCAAAGGUCUUUGAGUCCCUGGACCUGCCGUUGCCACUCGACAUGUAUUUGCUUGUUGUGCUUACAGCCCAGAAUCUUACCUUGGCAGAGCCGGAGAAGAACAGGAAGCGGUUGCAGGUCCUGCAUCGGAAGACGGACCUCUAUGCAACGGCGAUAACAUGGUUGCGGCAUUUGGAAGACAGGAUUCAACAGCGCAUUGGAUUGUACUUGGCAGCCCCAGAUUUGACUCUGGUAGAACAGAUUCUUAAGAAAGAGGAUGGUGGCUACAGCUUCUCUGCCGUCAGCAAAGUUGCAGAGGCUUUUGGGACAGAGUUCCCGAGCUUCAAUGACAAGGAGUGCUCCGACCUCAAGGCGCGGUUUGGGGUAGGGUAUGUCAUGAUUUUCGAAGUGGAGAACACUUCUGUGUCUUUGCUUGGCAUCGGGCAUUGGAGGUUUUCAGAGAGCCCAGAGUACCUUCGCCAUUUGGCCGCACAGAUGUCCUGCGCAGAAAUUGCAGACGGCUACAAUAACUGCAUGCGCACCAGCGGCUUGUAUGCCAUCUGCUGCCGCAGUGUUUGCGGAGAUAUGAUGAGUGCCAUCGAGCAACAGGUGGCGGGCCCCUCAGCGGAUGCCUCCCAGCUAGCUCAGCUUGUGGCGGGCCUUGCGGGCCUAGAUUCCAAGCUGCGACAGCGUCUUGACAGCAUCGCUGCCCAAAGUGGCGGACGAGUACCGCUCCACGGCACUACAAACCCGCAGACUCCAGAUGACUGGACGAAAUCAAAUGGACGGAGCAUCACGGUUUCUCAGGAGCAGCUGGAGAAGCUGGCUCGAGCGUCACGGACACAUGCCCCGCGGACGUUCAUCAAGGCAAUGCUCCCUCUUACUGCCAAUCAGAGGAGGCAGAUUUGCCGUGGAGCAACAGCGAAGAUCGCGGCCUUGGUCUUCCUUUGGCUGGCCAUGGUCUGCGUUAUCCUUGACCUCAUUGACAUUCGCGCUGCUCUAGCUGCCGGCGUCGUCUUCUUGAAGUGGAGGAUCUUGGUGUCGCGAUUUCUACCAUGCCCUGUUGGAAACAAGUCUGCCGACAUGGAGGUCUGA